AUGCCCAGUGCCACGGGUCAGAACUGGGAAAAGUACCAGAAGAAGUUUGCCGAUGACGAGGUUGAGGAGAAGAAGAUCACUCCUUUGACCGAUGAGGAUAUCCAGGUGCUGAAGACAUAUGGCGCCGCUCCCUAUGCCGCCGCCCUCAAGAAGCUCGAGAAGGAGAUCAAGGAUCGUCAAACAAGUGUCAACGAGAAGAUUGGUGUCAAGGAAUCAGACACUGGUCUCGCCCCUCCGCAUCUCUGGGAUAUCGCCGCCGACAGACAACGCAUGUCAGAAGAACAGCCACUGCAAGUCGCCCGUUGCACGAAGAUCAUUGCCGAUGAGAACGAGGAGAAGAGCAAAUAUGUCAUCAACGUCAAGCAAAUAGCAAAAUUCGUUGUCAACCUUGGUGAACGUGUUUCUCCUACCGAUAUCGAGGAGGGCAUGAGAGUAGGUGUCGACCGCAACAAGUACCAGAUCAUGCUCCCCCUGCCACCCAAGAUCGAUCCCUCGGUCACCAUGAUGACCGUCGAAGACAAGCCUGACGUUACCUAUGGCGAUGUCGGUGGUUGCAAGGAGCAGAUUGAGAAGCUGCGUGAAGUCGUCGAAAUGCCCCUGCUGUCACCAGAGCGCUUCGUUCAUCUCGGUAUUGACCCUCCCAAGGGUGCUCUUCUCUAUGGUCCUCCUGGAACUGGUAAAACUCUCUGCGCGAGAGCCGUCGCAAACCGAACAGACGCUACCUUCAUCCGUGUCAUCGGUUCAGAGUUGGUGCAAAAGUACGUUGGCGAGGGUGCUCGCAUGGUCCGUGAGCUUUUCGAGAUGGCCCGUACAAAGAAGGCUUGUAUCAUUUUCUUCGACGAAAUUGAUGCUGUCGGUGGUGCUCGUUUCGAUGAUGGCGCUGGUGGUGACAACGAGGUACAACGUACCAUGCUUGAGCUCAUCACCCAACUCGAUGGUUUCGAUGCUCGUGGAAACAUCAAGGUCAUGUUCGCUACCAACCGUCCUUCUACUCUUGACCCUGCGCUCAUGCGUCCCGGACGUAUCGAUCGUAAGAUCGAGUUCGCUCUGCCCGACAUGGAGGGUCGUGCCAACAUUUUGCGCAUUCACGCAAAGAGUAUGAGUGUGGAGCGUGACAUUAGAUGGGAGCUCAUUUCUCGUCUAUGCCCCAACGCAACUGGUGCUGAGCUGCGAUCCGUGGCGACUGAGGCCGGUAUGUUCGCCAUUCGUGCCCGCAGAAAGGUCGCUACCGAGAAGGACUUCCUCAGCGCUGUCGAGAAGGUCAUUCGUGGUGGUCUCAAGUUCAACUCCACUGCCGCCUACGCACAAUACAACUAG